ACCAACAAGUCAAAGCAACAAGCUUAGGCCCCCUACCACACCACAGCCAUGAGGGUUUAUACACAUCUUCUCAUCUCCAGAGUAGCAGCUAUCCUGUAAGUUCAGUUCCUCUUUGUAGUUUACACAGUUGCAUGCUAUCAUCUUAGCAUGAUGGCCAUUCUGCUUGGUCUUCUUCUAUCUCUGUUCUCUGGAAUCCUGCUCGUACCAGCAUGUGUAGCCACACCAGCCACGGCUUCUGUUACUCUCCUGCAGGUGAAGUCCGGUUUCACUGAUCCUCAAGGCGUCCUCUCCGGCUGGUCGCCGGAGGCCGAUGUGUGUUCCUGGCAUGGCGUUACAUGCCUUCAAGGAGAGGGCAUUGUGUCUGGCCUCAACUUGUCGGGAUAUGGCCUGUCGGGCACGAUAUCGCCGGCGUUGUCCGGCCUUAUAUCUAUCGAGCUCAUUGAUUUGUCCUCCAACUCCUUCACCGGGCCGAUCCCGCCGGAGCUUGGCAACCUGCAGAAUCUCAGGACACUGCUCCUAUACUCCAACUUCCUCACCGGUACCAUCCCGAUGGAGCUCGGCCUCCUUGGGAACCUAAAAGUUCUCAGGAUCGGUGAUAACAAGCUGCGUGGUGAGAUACCACCGCAACUUGGCAACUGCACAGAGCUCGAGACAUUAGCCCUCGCCUACUGUCAGCUGAGUGGCUCUAUUCCCUACCAGAUUGGCAACCUGAAGAACCUGCAGCAGCUGGUCUUGGAUAACAACACUCUCACUGGGAGCAUCCCAGAGCAGCUUGGCGGUUGUGCAAAUCUGUGUGUUCUGUCAGUGGCUGAUAAUAGGCUGGGGGGCAUCAUUCCCUCCUUCAUUGGCAGCCUGAGUCCUCUCCAGUCUCUCAACCUUGCAAACAAUCAGUUUUCUGGUGUGAUUCCAGCGGAGAUUGGGAACCUUUCAAGCUUGACAUACCUCAACCUGCUUGGCAACAGUCUGACCGGCGCCAUCCCGGAAGAUCUGAACAAGCUGAGCCAGCUGCAGGUUCUAGACUUGUCCAAGAACAACAUUUCUGGAGAGAUCAGCAUCUCCACGUCACAGCUGAAGAACCUGAAGUACCUUGUGCUGUCUGACAAUCUCCUUGAGGGCACCAUUCCUGAAGGUCUCUGCCCUGGGAACUCAAGCUUGGAGAACCUGUUCCUUGCCGGCAACAACCUCGAAGGAGGCAUUGAGGAGCUGCUCAGCUGCAUUUCUCUACGAUCCAUUGAUGCAUCGAACAACAGCCUCACUGGAGAGAUUCCUUCAGAGAUCGACCGGUUGUCGAACCUUGUCAACCUUGUGCUGCACAACAACAGCCUUACCGGCAUUCUGCCGCCUCAGAUAGGCAACUUAAGCAAUCUGGAGGUACUGUCCCUUUACCACAAUGGCCUCACCGGCGUGAUCCCACCGGAGAUCGGCCGGCUGCAGAGGCUGACGAUGUUGUUCCUCUACGAGAAUCAGAUGUCUGGGACCAUACCUGAUGAGAUCACCAACUGCACGAGCUUGGAAGAGGUGGACUUUUUCGGCAACCACUUCCAUGGGUCUAUCCCUGAGAGGAUUGGGAACCUCAAGAACCUAGCAGUCCUUCAGCUCCGGCAGAAUGAUUUGUCUGGCUUGAUACCAGCGAGCCUCGGUGAGUGUAGGAGGCUGCAGGCAUUGGCAUUGGCGGAUAAUCGGCUCUCAGGCACAUUGCCUGCCACGUUCAGGCAUCUCACCCAGCUUAGCGUCAUCACCCUGUACAACAACUCGCUUGAGGGGCCCCUUCCGGAGGAGCUGUUCGAGAUCAAGAAUUUGACAGUGAUCAACAUCUCGCACAACCGGUUCAACGGCAGUGUUGUCCCUCUUCUGGGAUCGAGCUCCCUCGCUGUGCUGGUGCUCACGGACAACAGCUUCUCUGGCAUCAUCCCAACAGCAGUUGCACGGUCGAGGAAUAUGGUCCGCCUCCAGCUGGCUGGCAACCGGCUCGCCGGUGCAAUCCCGGCUGAGUUGGGCAACCUGACGCAGCUCAAGAUGCUUGACCUCUCAUCCAACAACCUCUCCGGUGAUAUACCGGAAGAGCUCUCCAACUGCUUGCAGCUCACCCGUCUGAAUCUUGAAGGAAACAGUCUGACAGGAGCCGUGCCUUCUUGGCUUGGCAGUCUGCGGUCCCUUGGAGAGCUCGACCUCUCGUCGAAUGCAUUGACUGGCAACAUACCUGUGGAGCUCGGCAACUGCUCCAGCCUGAUCAAGCUGUCUCUGAGGGACAACCAUCUCUCUGGUAACAUUCCGCAGGAGAUUGGAAGGCUCACAUCUCUGAACGUUCUGAACCUGCAGAAGAACAGGCUCACCGGUGUCAUACCGCCAACGCUUCGGCAGUGCAACAAGCUCUACGAGCUGAGCCUGUCGGAGAACUCACUGGAGGGACCUAUCCCGCCAGAGCUCGGGCAGCUUUCGGAGCUCCAGGUGAUGCUAGACCUUAGCCGGAACAGGCUGUCCGGUCAGAUUCCGACGUCCCUUGGCAACCUCAUUAAGCUGGAACGGCUGAACCUGUCCUCCAACCAGCUCCAUGGGCAGAUACCAUCCUCGUUGCUGCAGCUCACCAGCCUGAACCACCUGAACUUGUCUGACAACCUCCUCUCAGGUGCCAUACCUACCGUGCUGUCCAGCUUCCCGGCCGCAUCCUACGCUGGCAAUGACGAGCUCUGCGGCACUCCAUUGCCAGCGUGUGGAGCGAACGGUAGGCGGCUGCCAAGCGCGAUGGUAUCAGGCAUCGUGGCGGCCAUCGCUAUUGUCUCGGCCACGGUGUGCAUGGCUCUGCUGUAUAUAAUGCUCAGGAUGUGGAGCACCUGGAGGGAGGUUUCUGUCUCGAGCUCGGAUGGCGAGGAGCCAGCAGCAUCGCAGGGCAAGGGGGACAAGUGGGGCGCCGGGGACGGGAAGUACUGGAAGGUCGGCUCGGUCCUGACCGAGGCAUCGUCGGAGGAGAAGUACAGUUCGGCAUCCGAAAGCAGCGUCCUCCAGGGGAAGUCGAAGGAGGCCAGCGCCGUGAACCUGAAGAGCUAGUGGUUCAUGUUGCGUGCUAUAUAUGUAUGGUCUCUCCUCUAAAAAUUGUUUAUGUAUCAGUGGCUCUUUUCUUCUAUCGCUCGCCUUCAGUUACUGUUAUCGUUUCCUUAAGAUAUCUUGUUUCACGUGUUAAUUGUUAUGCUGAAAUUUAGUUCAUGUGUUGUUGGUCUGAAACUGGAACUAAGCAAAACCAGGAGGAGCUGGUAGAAUGGGUUUC